AUGGCAGAUGCACUUGUUUCUGGCCUUGUGAGUACCAUCUUGGGUAACUUGAAUUCUUACCUACAGCAAGAAUUUGGGGCAGCUUGGGGCCUAAAGGAUGAGAUCCAGAAAUUAAAGAGUACUUUCACUGCAAUCCAAGCUGUGCUUCAAGAUGCCGAGGCUAAGCAAACCAAGAAUGCAACACUGCAGGAUUGGCUGAGUAAACUUAAGGAUGCUGCUUAUGAUGCGGACAAUCUAUUGGACGAGUUUGCCACAGAAGUUCUCAAACGAAGGGUAGACCGUCGAAGAGGUGGGAUAAACCAAGUAAGCGCCUUCUUCACGGCUCGAAAUCCUUUCGUAUUCCGCUUAAGAAUGGCUCAUAAGGUGAAAGAUAUCGGGGACAGAUUAGAUGCCAUUGCAGGGGAGAGUCUUAAGUUCCAGUUGAAAGAGGGUGUUAUAGAUUCACAAAUUUACAACAUGGAGGAAAGAAAAACUGGCUCCCUCGUGAUUGAGUCAGAAAUCUACGGUAGAAAUGAGGAGAAAGAAUUGAUAAUUGAUGUGUUGCUUAGCAGUUUGAGCUAUCAAGAUGAUCUCUCUGUCUACGCCAUAUGGGGUAUGGGGGGACUUGGAAAGACCACAGUUUCUCAGUUGGUCUACAAUGAUCCAAGGGUACAGGCUCACUUUGAGAUGAGGAUUUGGGUGUGUGUAUCUGAUGAUUUCAGCAUACAACGGCUGACCAAGGCAAUCAUCGAGUUGAUAGAAGGUGUUGGGUGCAAUAUCUCAGAAUUGGAUCUGCUGCAACGACACCUCCAAGAAAGAUUGAGGGGCAGGAGAUUUUUACUUGUGCUAGAUGAUGUGUGGAAUGAAGAAAAUGACAAGUGGGAUAGACUAAAAGAUGUAUUGAGGUGUGGAUCGAAAGGAAGUAUGCUUAUAGUAACCACCAGGAUUGAGAAAGUUGCUCGCAUGAUGGCUACACUUCCAAUAUAUCACCUGGGAUAUUUGUCGGACGAUGAUUCUUGGACCUUGUUCAAGCAACGUGCAUUUGGGAGUGGGAGGGAGGAAAACUUAGAGUUGGAAACAAUCGGCAAAGCAAUAGUGAAGAAAUGUGGUCGGGUGCCCCUUGCAGUCAAAGCUCUUGGAAGCCUGAUGUGGUUUAAAAGCAACAUAAGUGAAUGGUUAUUUGUGAAAGAAAGUGAUAUUUGGGAUUUAUCGGAUUCUGAAAAUGCUAUCUUACCUAUCCUAAGGCUCAGUUACGACAAUUUACAUCCGUAUUUGAGACAAUGCUUUGCCUAUUGUUCUAUAUUUCCCAAAGACUAUGAAAUGGAGGUGGACAUGCUAAUAGAGCUGUGGAUGGCAAACAGCUUCAUUCCAUCCAAAGGACAAACAAAUCUACUUCUUAUAGCCCGUGAGUGUUUCAAUGAUCUGGUUUGCAGGUCUUUCUUUCAAGAUGUCAAGGAAAACCACAAUGGUGACUUGACGUGUAAAAUGCACGAUUUGAUGCAUGAUCUUGCCCAGUCUAUUAUGAUACAAGAAUGUUGUACAAUGGAGCAUGGUAAAGUGCUGAAAAUCCCAGAAAAGAUUCGCCAUUUGUCUUUCUAUAAGAGUAGUCCUGAGAGCAAGGAUAUGCGCGCAAAGCAGUCUUUGCGCUCCUUUAUUUUACUUUUAAUGCCUGACUUAUAUUGGCUGGAUAAUUGGAAGGAUAAUUUGGCUACCUAUAUCUCAAAACAAAAGUACCUGAGGGUGUUGGCAGUUCGAGGGAUUCACAUUGAAAAAUUAAUAUCUUCAAUAGGGAAUUUGAAGCAUCUUAGGUACCUUGACGUGUCGCACUCUGAUAUCAUCAGUUUACCAGAAUCAACAACUUGUCUCCAAAACUUGCAGACAUUGAAGCUGAGAGGUUGUCGUUCCCUUCGUGAGUUGCCAAAAGGUAUGAAGCAAAUGAGAAAUCUCAUAUGUCUAGACAUUAGAAAUUGUUAUUCUCUUACUUGUAUGCCAGUUGGGUUAGGGCAAUUAACUUGCCUACAAACUUUGAGCAUGUUUAUCGUGGGUCCACACCACAGUCGGCAAAUAAGCGAGCUGAAGGAAUUAAAUCUUGGUGGUGAGUUGACCAUCAAACAACUCAAUUACGUAAAAAAUCCAGAGGAUGCAAGAAGUUCCAAUUUAAAGAGAAAGCAUAAUCUUUGUGAUCUUAGAUUGUAUUGGGAUCUUAGAUUGUUUUGGGACCGGGACAUGAAGAGACAAAACUUUCCAAAUAAUGUUGAAGAAAUUCUUGAUGGACUCCAACCUCAUUCAAAUCUGAAAAAGUUGACCAUAUAUGCAUAUCAAGGCUUGAAGUUUCCUAAUUGGAUGCUGGAUUUGGAUCUUCAAAAUCUAGUUCAAAUAUCUCUAAUACGGUGUGAAAGAUGUGAACAUCUUCCUCUCCUCGGGAAACUACCCUUCCUUGAGGUUCUUUCUAUUGUUCGAAUGAAUGCUGUGAAGCACUUCAACAAUGAAUGCCAUGGAGAUGGGAAAAAAUCAUUUCCAGCAUUGGAAAAGCUCAUAUUCAAGGAAAUGCCUAGUUUAGAGGAAUGGACAACAACAGACGGAGGAGAAAGUUUGGGUUGUCUACGUGAAUUAGAGAUCACAGGGUGUCCCAAGUUGGCUGAUUUGCCUAAUCUUCCUGCACUAAAGAGAUUAGUAAUAGAAAGGAGUAACACAAGGUUAUUUAGGUCAGUGAUGGAUCUCACUUCACUUUCCUGGCUUGGAUUAUCAGAUUAUGAUGAGUUGGAGGCUCUUCCAGACGGUCUGCUUCAAAAUCACAAGGUUCUUAAGUCCCUAGAUAUUAAUAAGCUAUGCCGUAUCAAGAUUCUGCCACGUCAGAUGGAUAAUCUUUCUGCUCUAAAACUCUUGGUCAUUCGUUGUUGCCGCAGUCUUGAGUGUUUACCAGAAGGGCUCAAACACCUCAUAUCCCUAGAGAUUCUCCAUAUAGUUGGUUGUGAGAGUCUUACGUCCUUACCAGCGCUUGGGUUACAAGGCUUGUCUUCCCUGAGAUCAUUGAACAUAUUUUACUGCAAGAAACUAAGUUAUUUAUCUGAAGGAGUGAAACACCUGACUGCUCUCCAGGGAUUGUCCAUAACACAAUGUCCAGAGCUGACGUCUUUGCCCGAAGGCAUCCAACAUUUAAAUGCUCUCCAAAAUUUGACUUUAAGGGAUUGUAAUGGAUUAGUUUCUCUACCGAACGGGCUAGGAAGCCUCCAAUUGCUGCAAAUUUCUGGAUGUCCACAUUUGGAGUGGCGAUGUGAGGAAAAAAAAGGCGAGGACUGGCCAAAGAUAGCUCACGUUCCUAAGAUUUGGAUCAAUGAUCGGCAAAUACAGUCCUUGGAUUGUUAGCGGCCAAACCUAUUACAUGGGAAAAUAGUUUGGUCUUGGUAAAAGCAUCCAUCUGAUGGGAAAAUAGUAAUACCCGAAGGAAGAGUAAACUCCGACUCUCUCUCCUCCAAUUUCUUCUUCAUUCUUCUUGAUCCCUCUCCAUUUUCUUCUCUCGCUUCAGAUUCGCCUUCUUCUUGUUGAUCAUACUUCUCUCUAGAAUUCUCUCUCUGGACGCUUCAAUUGCCGCAUCUAAUGGACACUUCGGGGUAGCUUUCUAGUCGGUGAAGAACCGGCAUGGGCUGAAUCUGUUGUGUGUAAUCUGAGGGGCUCCUAUGGUGUGUCAUUUGAGGAUCCAAAAUCUCUGCUGGUGGGCAGACGCCUCUGCCCAAAUGUUAGUAUAUGGUAUUUUUUGUGUGUUUCUGGUGUAUCAUAAGCUCGAGUGUGAGUGAAUAAGUGAGACCUAUCUGUCUUGGAGUGUGUGUUUGCUAAAUGAAAAUGGAUUGUAAUUGAGAAAAAAUAAUGAUUGCGAAAUAGAAG